AAUUCAAAUUCAAAUUUCAUUUUGAUCGCUCCCCUCCUUUUCCCUUCUCUUCUCUUCUCUUCUCUUCUCUUCUCUUUUUACUUACCAAACAUCCACCACCAUGUCAUCCACCACCACUCCCACAAAGACCCCAUCCACAUCCACCCGUUCAAGAAAGCACUCCGAUUCCAAAUCUCGCUUCGAAGCUUACAACCGCCUCCAAGCCGCCGCUGUCGCUUUCGGCGAGACUCUCCCCAUCCCUGAAAUUGUUGCCGUUGGUGGCCAAUCUGAUGGAAAGAGCUCCCUUCUCGAAGCACUCCUCGGUUUUCGCUUCAAUGUCCGUGAAGUUGAGAUGGGUACUCGCCGCCCUCUUAUUCUUCAAAUGCUUCACGAUCCCUCCGCUCUUGAACCUCGCUGCCGCUUCCAGGAGGAAGAUUCAGAAGAGUAUGGAAGUCCGGUGGUUUCGGCAUCUACUAUUGCUGACAUUAUAAAGUCUCGAACCGAAGCACUUUUGAAGAUAACCAAAACAGCAGUUUCUCCUAAGCCAAUUGUGCUCAAAGCUGAAUACGCACACUGUCCAAAUCUUACCAUUAUUGACACACCGGGGUUUGUUCUCAAGGCGAAGAAGGGUGAACCGGAGAACACGCCUGAUGAGAUUCUUUCCAUGGUGAAGACAUUGGCUACUCCUCCACACCGUAUACUCUUGUUCCUUCAGCAAAGUAGUGUGGAAUGGUGCUCCUCUUUGUGGUUGGACUCUAUUCGUGAAAUUGAUCCCACGUUUAGACGGACAAUCAUUGUUGUCUCCAAAUUUGAUAAUCGUCUCAAGGAAUUUACUGAUCGGUGGGAAGUGGAUCGCUAUUUGAGUGCAAGUGGUUACCUUGGAGACAACACUCGGCCUUUUUUUGUGGCCCUUCCUAAGGAUAGAGGCAACAUUUCAAAUGAAGAGUUCCGCAGGCAGAUCUCUCAUGUGGACUCGGAGGUUAUGCAUCAUCUCCGCGACGGUGUCAAGGGAGGUUUUGAUGAAGAAAAGUUCAAGUCCUAUAUUGGUUUUGGCCGUCUGAGGGAUUAUUUGGAGUCUGAGCUUCAGAAGAAAUACAAAGAAGCUGCUCCAUCAACUCUUGCCUUGCUUGAGCAAAGGUGUAGUGAGGUCACCUGUGAACUUUCUGGAUUGGAUUCAAAAAUUGAGGCCACUUCAGAUAUUUCUCAUCUGAGGAAAUUUGCAAUGCUGUGUGCAGCUUCUAUCAGCAACCAUGUGGGUGCCUUGAUUGAUGGUGCAGCAGAUCCUUCCCCUGAGCAGUGGGGAAAAACAACAGUAGAAGAGCGGUCUCAAAGUGGCAUUGGGAUUUGGCCUGGUGUCAUCACCGAUGUGAACCCCCCCAAUGCCACUCUUCGUCUUUAUGGAGGGGCUGCAUUUGAGAGGGUGAUGCAUGAAUUUCGCUGUGCUGCAUAUUCCAUUGAAUGCCCCCCAGUCUCAAGGGAAAAGGUUGCAAAUAUAUUGCUGGCCCAUGCUGGCCGAGGUGGGGGAAGAGGACUAACAGAGGCUGCUGCAGAGAUUGCACGUGCUGCUGCUAGAUCAUGGCUUGCUCCUCUUCUUGAUACUGCAUGUGACCGCCUUGCUUUUGUUUUAGGAAGCUUAUUUGAUUUGGCUCUAGAAAGAAACCGUAGGCAUGAUUCAGCAUAUGGGAUAAAAACGGGAAACAUGGAUGGCUAUGUAGGUUUUCAUGCUGCUUUAAGGUGUGCUUACACUCGGUUCUUAAAGGAUCUUGCUAAGCAGUGCAAGCAGCUUGUUAGGCACCACCUUGAUUCAGUUACCAGUCCAUACUCACAGGUCUGCUACUUCAAUGACUUUCAACCAUGUGCUGGCAUAAAUGCUUCGGGUUUCAACAAAUUUCCUCAGGCUUCAGCCUCUUCAUUUUUUCUUGAAUUGAGUGAUACAAAUUCUGCUUCCCAUGAUGUAAGGAAGGAUCAAGAAAAUAUACCUCCAGAAAAGAAUGCACUGGAGGAAACAACACCAGGUAAAGCAGCAAACGUUAGAGAGAGUUUGCGAGAAAGCCAGAUGACUAUCCCUGAGACCCCAUCUCCUGAUCAGCCAGGUGAUCCUGUAUAUGGAGGGCAUAGAAAGGAGCUUGGAAUAUGCAAUGACAUGGGACCAAGAAAGAGAGCGUCCAGAAUGACGGGAAAUGGCAAAAAUUCUGACUAUAUUAGACUUCAAAAUGAUUCCAUUUUAUUUGGAAAUGGGGAGAGAACAGGAUCAGCGUACUCAGAAAUUUGUUUAUCAGCUGCCCAGCAUUUCGCACGUAUACGUGAAGUUCUUGUUGAAAGAGGCGUUACAUCAACAUUAAACUCUGGAUUCCUGACUCCUUGCCGCGAUCGCCUUGUUGUGGCUCUCGGGUUGGAUUUAUUUGCUGUGAACGAUGAGAAAUUCAUGGACAUGUUUGUCGCUCCUGGUGCCAUAGAUGUGCUACAAAAUGAACGUGAGUCUCUUAUGAAGCGUCAGAAGAUACUCCAUUCUUGCUUGAAUGAGUUCAAAAAUGUUGCUCGGUCCCUUUGAUCAGAGUUACUAGAUCUCCAAGGAGCCAUGAUUUUGCUAUGCUUUGAAGAAUUUAUUACGCUUGUGAAUCAGUUGACACAAUUCAUGCCAACAAAUUGGAUGAUGACGAGACCCUCUGUAAUUUGGUAUUACACCCAUCUAUAGAAUGCAACACUCGCAGACUCUUGUUUCACCUGCGUGUUGAAGCAUGUGUAAAAGUUAGAUUUACUCGGUAGUCGGUAAUCUGAAAUUAGAGGCUGCUCAUGAUUUGUUUGACAGUACCACAUUCACUUACCUGUUGAAUGCUGAUGAUCAGAAUGAUAACCUCUAAAAAAUUGCAAUGUUGUACCUUUUAGGUUGAACUACAAAUUACUUUAAAGUUACUUUAAAAAAGAAAUGUUGGCCAUAUGAUUGAUAUAUGUCA